CAGUGGAAGGCCCUAUCUCAGUGAUCUCAGUGUUGCAGUGCAGGGCAGAGGGCUGGGGUGUGGAGUGAAGACUCCGCCAGCAGCAGUCGAUACGAGAUGGAGAUACAACAACUUCAAGGGAAGGUGUACCGACUGGAGCAGGCGCUGAUUGAAGAGCGCUCUGCCCGACAAACCAUAGAGGAAGACAUCUGGAAGGCCAUCGGUAGGCUGGAGCAGAAGGUCUGCCCACCCGAGGAGAAAUGCGACCCUCUGAUAAAGGCUACCUGCAACAUUCAAGAACAGGAUGCAAACGGUCACCAGCAAGAAGAGACAAGCAACCUUCAGCAAAAAGAGACAAGAAGCCUUCAGCAAGAGGAGACAAGCAACCUCCAACAAGAGACAAACAACCUUCAGCAAGAGCAGACAUGCACCCGUCAGGAGGGUGACGGUGAGGACGUGACCACUCCGCCGGACGACGCUCACAGCAAGAGUGACGUCAUCAAGUCUGAUGACGUCACGACCCAGGCGGCGCCGGCGGGCGGGGACCUGAAUAAAACCGAUCCCAGUGAGACAAACAUUAAUGUCCUGGACACUGAACUCCUAAAGAUGGUGCUGAGAAAGAUGGACUGCUUGGAGAUGUUCCGCGCCAGACGAGUCUGUCGGAGCUGGCGGUCCGCCGUCGACGGCAUCCUCGACGACUGUCGGCGGAAGCUCGCCGACCGGUCAGCUCGGGGGUUUAACACUUUAACACUGACGAAUCUGGAGCUCGUGAUACGGGCAAAAGACCAGCCGAAAAUGACAUCACUGAAGGCGCCGACCGCUGAAAAGGGCACCGACAUCCGACUGGUCGUGGGCAGUUGUCACGCCCUCCAGACAGCCGACCUGCGCGGCUUCAAACUGAGAACCUCUGCCCUGCGCCAUCUGGCGCGUGCCAACGCCUCCAGUCUGCGUGAGCUGACACUUCCAGCCGGCAUCGGUGACUGCCAGCUGGAGGCGCUGCUGGAGCCACUGAAGGCUCUGGAGAGAUUAAAUCUUAGCCUACCCGUGAACAGCACCGGCAAGUGGCUGUGGCUGCUACCCAAGUCGCUGAAAAGACUGGACAUCACUGGGUCGGGAAUGACUCGGUCACCAGUGAGCUAUGAUCCUGGUAAACUGAGUGUCGGCGUACAGCUAGCAACCGACAAACUCCUGGACCAGCUGAGUGUUCUGUCGAAUCGACAACCCGAUUACCGAGUAUCCAGUUUGACCAUACUUGAGUCGCCGUCCGUGACACCGGGAGCACUGGCACGUCUUCUGGCUUCCAUCACCAGCUUGUGGUGCGUCAAACUUGGCGUGGUCGGCGCCACUUUGGAAACCACGCUGGCCGCCCUCCACGGCUGCUCUGGGUUGGAGGUCCUGCGUCUCACAGCAGACCCGCGGCCCCUCACGGACAUCCCUGCCCUGACCGAGUCAGAGGUGGCAGCGGUCUGCAGGAUGGCAAAGGCCUGCAGGAAACUGCAGUAUCUGUACCUAACCUCCUCAGCAGUAAACUGCCAGGCCGUCCUGGCCGCCCUGCUGAAGACAGGCCUGGGCUGCACUGACAGAGGCCAGUGCCGUUACAUCAGUCUCUACGUCCCCAGGGCUGUACUUGGACGGCUUAGCAAACCGCCCGACGGCAGUAACGUCGACGUGCGGUACUUCGACUAAACCCCAUCUGGCCGCGCCGCGCCUCGCGCCGGCUGCCGUGCCGGUGGUAGUGUCCAAUUCCGACAGCAGAUGGCAGCACCGUCUCCCGUCGGCAACGCCGCACUUUGAGUCGUCCCGCCUUCAGCGACCUGAAACACCGCCAUUUUAUCGCUGCAUUCGAGACCAGGAAACCCCACGGAAAGGGCAUAACCAUAGAAGGUGGCUAUGUGACGCGUUCCAACACAGAGGUCUGUGGUUUUGUACGUUCUAGCGCGGUAAUUUGUGUCGCUAUUGUAGGUCCCCGGUCUGGGUUAUCCAGAGCACACUUGUAGCUUACGUUGAUAGUUCUGCGUUAUAUGGCCAGCUUGUUCACUAAUCGAGACAAUUCCACGGCCUGGAUUUCCGUCCAGCCAUCGGAGAGAGCCUUUGUGAUCGUGACGUCACGUGUGUGAUCCCGUUGUUCAGCUGAGUCGUGACUCACAGUGACUCUGUUUGGUGGCGAGUCACGACCGAAUGUGAAAUACACGGCUAUUAAUCACGGUA